UUUGUAAAAGAAUCUCUAUUUAGAUUUCAAUAAAUUAUAUUGGAUUUAAUUCUUUCUAAUUCUUUUUUUUUUCUUAUAUAAUUUCGUUCAGUAACAUUUUUUUGCCAAUUCAUACAAAAUCUCCCCUCUCUCUCUCAAUAUACAUACAAGAAAAAAGAAGGUAAUUAGAAAAAGAGAAAUCAAAGGAAAAAAUGAAGGCCAAUGGAAUAAGAAUAACGAAAGGCGCACUAAGCAUACCGAUGAUAAUGUUGCUGCUAACGUGCGCACCGGUGCGCAUUAAAUCGGAGGAGCGUCGCUUGGUGAGAAUGACUCUCGUCCGCAACGCCUCGUCUAUCGGCGCAUAUUGCUUGGAUGGGAGUUUGCCGGCAUAUCAUCUGGACAGAGGAUUUGGAGCUGGGGCUAACAACUGGCUUUUGCAAUUUGAGGGUGGUGGGUGGUGUAAUGAUAUAAAGUCUUGCAGUGAAAGAGCUCCAACUCGGCGUGGCUCCACCCAUUUUAUGACUCCAAUUGAGGUCUUUUCUGGGAUUCUAAGCAAUAAUGCCUCAUUAAACCCUGAUUUUUACAAUUGGAAUCGUGUGAAGCUGAGAUACUGCGAUGGUGCCUCAUUUGCUGGUGAUGCUGUGUACAGAAAUGGUUGCUCGGCAGGCGGUUUGUCUACAUUUCUUCACUGUGAUGAUUUCACCACUUAUUUGCCCGAAAAUGCCACCGUCAAAUGUUUGAGCGACGCUGGAUUCUUUCUUGAUUCACGAGACAUUGCUAUGAACCACAGCAUGAGGUACUUCUACAAAGGUGUUGUUACUCUGCAGUGCUUCUUCCCUCAAUACGCGUUGCCAUAUAUCAAGACGCCAUUUUUCAUCCUUAACUCUGCAUAUGAUGUGUACCAAAUAAAUCAUAUAUUGGUGCCACCUGCAGCCGAUCCUCAUGGCCAUUGGUACCAUUGCAAGCUCAAUCCUGCCAACUGUAAUACAGUCCAGUUAAAUACUUUACAAGGAUUCAGGGAAUACAUGAUAGAGACAUUGAGGCCUUUCCUAGAAAACUCGACAAGAGGAGGAAUGUACAUAAAUUCUUGUUUCACUCACUGCCAAACCGAAACACAAGACACUUGGUUUGCACCUAACUCCCCAAGAAUAAACAACAAGACAAUAGCAGAAGCAGUUGGGGAUUGGUAUUUUGGAAGAAAAAUAAGCAAGGAGAUUGAUUGUGCGUACCCUUGCGAUAAUUCUUGCCAUAAUCAGAUAGGCUGAUGCGGUUUUUACUACCUGGUCCCAUAAUAUAGAUUUUCAAAGUGAGCAGCAGCAGCACAAUAGAAAGAUACACACACAAUACAUAUUCUUUUAUAAUAUAUUUCUGCAUCACCUUGGAGCAGGAUUUUUUGGCAUACAAGUUAUACACACACAUACAUAUUCUUUUACAAUUUGACUGAACCCCGAAAAUGUGUUUCAAGUUUAGGCCUUUUGUAGGGACUAGUAUAGUCCACGUGCGAUGCACGUGAAAAAAUUGGGUUGCUUUGUGAUUUUUUUCAUUUGGAUAAUGAAGUUUUUGUUAUUGUUCUGAGAUGC